GAAGGGGGAGAGGAAAAAGAGGAGGGGGAAGAGGGAGAAGAAGAAGAGGAAGAAGGAGAGGGGGAGGGAGGAGAGAAAAGUGAAAAAAAAGAGGAAAAUGAAUGUGGAAGUAAAGAAGAAGAAAGUGAGGAAGGGGAGAGAGAAGAGCAGAAGGAGGAAGGAGGAGAGGGUGAGGGAGGAGAGGGCAAAGGUGGAGAGGAUGAGGGAGGAGAAGAAAGUAGUGAAGGAGCUGAAGGAACAGAAAGUAAAGGUGGUGAAGGAGAAGAAGGAAGAGAGGGAGAAAAUGCAGAAGGUGAGGGAGGAGAAGGAGGAAAAGAAGGAGGCAGUAAAGGAGGAGAAGAAGGGAGCGGAAAAGGGACUGAAGAAGUGGCAACAGAACCCACCACAGGACUUAAUGAAAACGAGAUUACACUAUAGACCCCCUAACUGGAACUAUGAGCAUCACUGGUCAUCUGUCUCACUCCUCCAGCUGUUAAAUCUGAACCUACACAGCUCAGAUGAUCUCAGACCAGUUCUGGAUUCAACCAUUCUGACACACCGCAGCGCAUCAUACAGCUGUUCCUGAAUCAGUGUGGAGACAGUUAAUGCAGCGUUUAUUCACAUAAAACGAUUAGUCUAUUCUUUGUGUUAUUUGAGAAAUUAGUGUUUUUUUAUAUGUAAAUAAACAUUUAAUACUAAAAUCAUGCAACAGUUCUUCUUGAAUUUUGUCUUAUAGUUUGAAUGUAUUUUGCUCUGGGGUCAGAAAUCUUUAACAGAUUCUUUUAAAACUCCAUUUAGGAAUCAUUUUCACAAAAAUAAAGAGUGUUCCAGCAUGCAUUGUGAGUGUUCUAUCUUUUUUUAGAACAGGCUGUGAAACUUCUGUCUGGUUAUUUCCAUUAGAAUGGGUGUAUAAGGUGUUCUAGAACUGUUUGUACUAUUUUGAGAGUUCUACAAUAAACACCCUUUUACUAUAACAUAAUCCUAAUUAACAGUUGGAAUGCCCUUCACAUAAUGUAAAUGUUUACUAAAUAAAGGUGUUCUAUU